AGAAGCUAAGGGCUUAUGAGCGCAGCGAGCUGGUUUCUUUGGGACACGAAAAGAAAAACUGGCUGCUUCGUGCCUGUCAGCAUGGUGGAACACGCUGAAUUUCAGAAGGCUGGAAAGGAGCCAGGCCUACAGAUCUGGCGGAUUGAGAAAUUUGAUUUGGUCCCGGUGCCAAAAAACCUGUAUGGAGACUUCUUCACCGGAGAUGCGUAUCUGAUUCUGAACACCGUCAAACAGCGGAGCGGGAACCUGCAGUAUGACCUGCAUUUCUGGUUAGGGGAUUUCUGUAGCCAGGAUGAAAGCGGUGCAGCUGCCAUAUUCACUGUCCAGCUGGACGACUAUCUCCAGGGGAAGGCUAUCCAGCAUCGGGAGGUGCAGGGGCACGAGUCUUCGACUUUCCUGGGAUACUUCAAAUCCGGCCUGAAGUACAAAGCUGGUGGGGUGGCUUCUGGCUUCAAGCACGUGGUUCCCAAUGAGGUGACCGUCCAAAGGCUCCUUCAGAUCAAAGGCAGGCGAGUGGUUCGAGCUACCGAGGUCCCGGUGAGCUGGGACAGUUUCAACAACGGAGACUGUUUCAUCCUGGAUCUGGGCAGCGACAUCCACCAGUGGUGUGGCGCCAAGAGCAAUCGCUUCGAGCGGCUGAAAGCCACCCAGAUGGCCAAGGGAAUCCGGGAUAACGAGCGGAGCGGCCGUGGCAAAGUCUACGUGAUAGAGGAAGGGUCAGAGCGGGAGCAGAUGCUGCAGGUUCUGGGACCGAAGCCCGAUCUGCCAGAAGGAGUCUCUGAUGAGGACGUGAAAGCUGACGCAUCCAAUAGAAAGCUGGCUAAGCUGUACAAGGUCUCCAACGGGGCAGGGACCAUGGCCGUCUCUCUGGUGGCAGACGAGAAUCCGUUCUCCCAGGUUGCACUGAACUCAGACGACUGCUUCAUUCUGGACCAUGGCUCAGAUGGGAAAAUCUUCAUUUGGAAAGGCAAGAAGGCCAACUCCGAUGAGAAGAAGGCAGCCCUGAAAACUGCCUCCGACUUCAUCACCAAGAUGAAGUACCCCAAACACACCCAGAUCCAAGUCCUGCCCGAGAGCGGCGAGACCCCCUUGUUCAAGCAGUUCUUCAAGAACUGGCGGGAGAGGGACCAGACGGAGGGGCUGGGCACGGCCUACAUCUCCAGCCACAUCGCCAAGGUCGAGAACGUGCCCUUCGACGCUGCUACGCUUCACAACUCCACAGCCAUGGCUGCCCAGCACGGCAUGGAGGACGACGGCUCUGGAAAGAAACAGAUCUGGAGAAUAGAAGGCUCCGAGAAAGUGCCCGUGAAUCCAUCGGCGUACGGCCAGUUCUACGGCGGGGACAGCUACAUUAUCCUGUAUGACUACAAGCAUGGAGGGAAAACGGGACAGAUCAUCUACACUUGGCAGGGUGCGGAUUCCUCCCAGGAUGAAAUCACGGCCUCCGCAUUCCUCAGCGUUCAGCUGGACGAAGAGCUGGGAGGCAGCCCAGUGCAGAAACGCGUGGUGCAGGGAAAAGAGCCUCCUCAUUUGAUGAGCAUGUUUGGCGGGAAACCUUUGAUUGUCUACAAUGGUGGAACCUCCAGGGAUGGAGGCCAGACGGCACCUGCCGCCACACGGCUGUUCCAGGUCCGCUCCAGCACAUCCGGGGCCACCAGAGCCGUGGAGCUGGAGGCUGUGGCCAGCGAGCUGAACUCCAACGAUGCCUUUGUCCUGAAAACUCCAUCUGCUGCUUAUCUCUGGGUGGGCCAAGCAGCCAGCGACACCGAGCUAGCUGGGGCACAAGAGCUGCUGAAGAUCCUGGGGGCGCGCCCGGUGCAAAUCGCCGAGGGCAGCGAGCCAGAUAGCUUCUGGGAGGCUCUGGGUGGAAAAGCAGCAUAUCGCACCUCCCCCCGGCUGAAGGACAGGAAGAUGGACGUUCACCCGCCUCGCCUCUUCGCCUGCUCAAACAAGAGCGGGCGCUUCAUUAUUGAAGAGGUUCCUGGAGAGUUGACCCAGGAUGACCUUGCUACAGAUGAUGUUAUGAUCCUUGACACAUGGGACCAGGUCUUUGUCUGGAUUGGAAAUGAGGCUCAUGAAGAAGAAAAGACUGAGGCCGUGACAUCUGCUAAAAGGUACAUUGAAACUGAUCCUGCCAACAGAGAUAAGAGAACUCCUAUCACUAUCAUCAAGCAAGGAUUCGAACCUCCCACCUUCUCUGGCUGGUUCCUGGGUUGGGAUGACGAUUACUGGACUGUUGAUCCUCUGGAGAGGGCCAUGGCAGAGCUGGCUGCCUAAGUAAAAGAGGAUCCUUUUUUAAAUAGAGCAAGUUUGGUGCCUUCACUGCCUACAAGAGCUACUUCCUCCUGCAGGAUAAACAUUCAUGUUUUUAAUAGCCAACUAGCUGUGCAAUAAUUAAAGAAAUUCAUGAUGAGACCUAUCACCCUACCCGUUGCUUUGAAUACGGUAUUUAAUACAAUAAAGCUUACAUGGAAUACUAAAA